AAUAAUAUACUAGUACUAUACAGUAAAAGAAUCGGAAGGAUAGAUUGGAAUUGAAUUAUGCCAUGAAAUCGUGGAUACGGGGGAGGGGGGCCUCUUUUUGAUAAAAUUAAUUAAUAUUAUUAUUUACAGAGAGUACUACGAAUACAGAGAUAGAGGAGAAGAAAAAGAGUGAUUUGAUUUGAUUCUUAAUAAUACUCAGAAGAAGAAAAGAGAGAGGAAAGAAACAGAGAAUACAAUAAAAGUAGUAAUACUUGCAAUUCUGGGUUUGUUCUCUUUUCAGUCAGACACCAUUAAUCCAUCUUAUCGAUUCCUUCCUUUUCUUUCUUAAAUGUGCCUCCUUUAUCAAGAUCUGUAAAUUAAAUACAACAACAACAAUACCCAAAUCUAAAGUCUUUUAGUUCUAUAGAGAGAGAGAGAGAGAGAGAGAGAGAGAAUAAGCAGCAGCAGAGAAAAAAUGGACGUGGGUCAAAUGCAAAGAAGUCUAAUUGAUUACACUGCUGCUCUAUUUCAUGAAGGAUUUCUGGAUGAUCAGUUUACUCAGCUGCAACAACUACAAGAUGAGAGUAACCCAGAGUUUGUGUUUGAAGUUGUUUCUCUUUUCUUUGAGGAUACUGAGAAACUUCUCAAUGAAUUAGCCAUAGCUCUGGGUUUAUUUGGUUACAGGAGUCAACAGUGUGCCGAUUUCAAAAAGAUUGAUGCCCAUGUUCAUCAACUCAAGGGCAGCAGUUCUAGCAUAGGUGCAAAUAGAGUUAAAAAUGUCUGCGUCGCGUUCCGAAAUAGCUGCGAGGAAAAGAAUACUGAUGGGUGUUUGAGAUGUCUGCAACAAAUAAAACAUGAGUAUUCUCUUGUGAAGAACAAGCUUGAAAAUCUAUUCAGGAUGGAGCAACAGAUUGUAGCAGCUGGUGGUUCGAUUCCGAUGAUGGAGUAAAUACUGAGAUGAUCAAAAUGCAGGCGUAAAAACGAGAUAUUAAAUAGCAGUAAUUAUGCAGAGAGAACAAGAAAGCUUAGAUGGUUUUAAUGGUCGAUACUGUUAGCUAUACUACACUUGAAAGUUCUUCUUGAUAUCUGAACUUUGAGCUUUGUAUGAGGUAGUAGUGUGUGUUUGUGUUUAUAGAUAGAGAAUUAGAGUAUGUGAAUAACCCUCUCGAAUCUCUUUUUAUCACCAUUAUUAGGUUCAUAAUAAGCUUGAUAUAAACUCACCUGCUCUUUUUAAUGAUUAUGUUAGCUUUGCAUUUUGAGUAAUAAAUGUAAUAUGUUGUUUUUGCCUUCA